AUGGAAAAAAACAGAAAUUUUCAUAAAUGUGGAGUUUGUGAAAAGUGUUUUACUAAAGCAAGGUAUCUUGGUAUUCACUUGAGAGCACAUACUGAAGAAAAACCUCACAAGUGUGAUGUUUGUGAAAAGUGUUUUACACAGAAAAAUGUUCGUGAUAAUCACAUGAAAAUACAUACAGGAGUGAAACCUUACCAAUGUGAUGUUUGUGAAAAGUUUUUUACACGGGCAAUUGAUCGUAAUGUUCAUAUAAGAAUACAUACUGGAGAGAAACCUUGCAAAUGUGAUGUUUGUGAAAAGUGUUUUACACAGAAAAUUCAUCUUGUUAAUCACAUGAGAAUACAUUCAGGAGUGAAACCUUACCAAUGUGAUGUUUGUGAAAAGUUUUUUACACGGGCAAUUGAUCGUAAUGCUCAUGUAAGAAUACAUACUGGAGAGAAACCUUACAAAUGUGAUGUAUGUAAAAAGUGUUUUACACAGAAAAGUCAGCUUGAUAAUCACAUGAAAAUACAUACUGGAGAGAAACCUUACCAAUGUGAUGUUUGUAAAAAGUGUUUUACACAGAAAAGUCAACUUGAUAAUCACAUGAGAAUACAUUCUAAAGAGAAACCAUACCAAUGUGAUGUUUGUAAAAAGUGUUUUACACAGAAAAGUCAACUUGAUAAUCACAUGAGAAUACAUUCUAAAGAGAAACCAUACCAAUGUGAUGUUUGUAAAAAGUGUUUUACACAGAAAAGUCAGCUUGAUAAUCACAUGAGAAUACAUACUAAAGAUAAACCUUAUAAAUGUGAUGUUUGUGAAAAGUGUUUUACACAAUCAAAUCAUCUUGGUGAUCACAUGAGAAUACAUACUAGAGAGAAACCUUACCAAUGUGAUGUUUGUGAAAAACAAUUUAAUGCAGCAUCAACACUUAAAGGUCACAUGAGAAUACACAUUGGAGAGAAACCUUACAAAUGUGAUGUUUGA